CAGACUAAAUCAUCCCACCCAGGCUCUGUCCCUCAUGAGAGCAGCAGCUCAGAUUUGCACCUCUACUUGUAGCCACAUGCCUCAUGCUCCACCUAAACUUUAUCCAGGCCAGGCAAAAGUUCCAGAAACUAUGGUGGUGCAGUAUGGCCAUGCCCAGGAAGAAGCCUUUGUUGCAGGUCUUCCAUGCGCUCCUUGUACACACAGGGCGGAGUCAGUACUGACUGCAGGAAUGUUUUCCUCCCAGAGUAGAUCAAAAUGUGACUUUUAUCGCUGCGGGAGACAUUCAACUUAGUCGAGGUAUCCAGUAUUCAAAGUUUAAACCACCGAACCGUAUUUAAGCCUUAUUUUCUUUUUAGACUAAAAAUCGUAUGCGAUGGUAAUUUCCACGGUCUGGUUUUAUUUGGCAACAAACUUUAUUUGACUCCCCCAGCCCGGAGGUCUGUGCCCCCCAUGGAGCGCGUCCAGCCCGCGGGCCCCUGGCUCCGGAGGGCCCUCGCCCACCACCACUCCCCCGGGCCUGACCCUGCUGCGGACAACCAGAUCAUCGUCCUGGCCACUGGAAUAGACCAGUAUCUGCAGGAGGUCUUCCAGCACCUGGCCUAUCCCAGCCAGGACGACACCGUGUCUGCGGAGGACUUCACCGCGCUGUGCGCCGUGCUGGGCUGCGCUCCGGCCGGGGCCGGGGGCGCAGCCGGGGACGCAGCCGGGGACGCACCGGGGACCAGAGAUGAGGAAGAGCUGGGAGACAUAUGUUCCGGGCUCCCCGGCCAGAUCUCCUUUAAAGACUUCCAUCUGCGGCUGUGUGGGUACUUCCGUGUGCGCGGCGCGGAGCAGGGAUCGGGGACCGGGACGGGAUCGGGGACGGGGCGGUGCGCAUGGCGCAUGCCGCUGUCCGAGGACACGGAGCUGCUGGAGACCCAGAUCCGCGUCCGCUGGCCUCGCGUCCGGCGGAGGAAGUGUGUCAGCUUCGAUCUGACCAGGGAUCAGAGAUCCACGAAAACCCCAAACAUGGAGCGCCUCCGUGAACUGGACGAGCUUGCAGCUCUGAGGGAGCUGGUGGAGGACCUGCGCUCCGCCCUGCAGGGCAGCGAUGCUCGCUGCCUGGCCCUGGAGGUGGCGCUCCGGCAGCAGAGGAGCACCAGCGCUGCCUUCCCACCCCGCCACAGCCCUCCCAUUCCAGCUCCUGCACCCUCUGGUACCGGCGUGCAAGGAGAAGCAGUACCAGCUCAGAGACCUGCAGGGGAGUCGGGUGGUUUUGUGCGAGAAGAUGAAGGGUGGAGGACGUGGAGGAGACGGGACGUCAGAGACCCCGUCCUGAGGGAGCUGAAGCUGAUCCGAGCAGCACGGGACGGGCAGCUGGAAGAAGCCAUGAAGUUCAACCAGCGUCUGGAGGAGGAGCUGCGGUGGGCGUACCGGGAAGUGCAGAAGCUGCAGAGGGUGGAGGCUUCACUCAGGAAAGAGAAUACUCACAUCAGGAGGAGGGCGGAGGAGGCCCGGCGGGCCCUGAGCUCGGGGAUGCAGAGGGUCGGGCUGAUGCAGGAGCUGGCCCAGUCCGUGCCCCAGCUCCAGGCCAGGAUCAGCCAGCUGGAGAACCAGCUGCUCCGGUACAGGACCCAGUGUACCUGCCGGUUCCCCCCUGAGGAAUCCUGCAGCCCGGCGGAUGCAGAGUGUCUGCAGCGAGCGGUGGAAGGGAAAGCUGCCUCCGAUGAAGAGGAGGAGGACGGGGGGAGGAAGGAUGCAGGACGAUGCUGUCCGGUGGAGGUGAAGAGGCACGUCUGCCACUGCCAUGGCUGCGACAAAGGAUGUCAGAACAAUGUCCAUCAUCCUUCCUGUCCGAGUGUCCUGCAGGACAGAACCCCCCCCAGCAGGACGGGAGCCGCCGACAGCAGCCCAACGGCAGACGAGGGUUUGACAAGCACAAGAACGUCUUCGCCAGAAUCCUGGAGAAGAUUGUGACAAACGGUCUGGAUGCAUGCAGUAGAAGUGGAGGAAGGUUUCAGGUCCUGCAAGCCCCCGGACGAUCUGCAGUCUCCUGGAGGAACCUGCAGGGCAUCUAAUACUGACUCUGAUAUCGGGAUGAUAUGGGAAAUACAAAUGAAAAAAAAAAGAUAAUGGUUCCUUCAAUUACCUUUCAUUUACUUUGAGCUUUAUUUCUUUGCAAACAGUAUUAAUCCAAGAUAUUUCACAUUGUUUUCUUAACAGUUACAUUUCAUCUGUUAACAUACAGGACUGUCUCAGAAAAUUUUAAUAUUGUGAUAGGGUUCUUUAUUUUCUGUA